AUGUUGUUCAGACUCAAUCAGCUAGCUCAUCUGGGGGCUGUCACCCUUGGCCUCGUCAGUGCACACCCCCUCGUCCAGACGAACCUACGUGGCUUCGAUGUCAUCCCAAAUCACUACAUCAUCACGUUGAAAGACGACAUCACCACGCAUUCGCUCCAAGUUCAUAUGGACUGGGUCCAGAGCUUGUCAGGUAACGACUCGCCGAUGGAAGGGAUCCGCAAACAGUGGAAUAUUGGCUCAUGGAGAGCCUACUCGGGCUCUUUCGACGACGAGACCCUCGCCCAAAUCAGGACGCACGACGCUGUGGAAGCCAUCGAAUCCAGCACGUUGGUCCGUACCAUGGAGGAGAUUACCGAGUACAACGCGACCUGGGGCCUGGAAUCCAUCUCUCACAGGGACCGUGCAUAUGACGACAAUGAUCACGACUACGUGUACGAUUCGAGUGCCGGCAACGGUACGUACGCCUACAUCAUCGAUACAGGGGUGAGGACAACACACGACGAGUUCGAAGGUCGUGCCACGAAGGGCGCCGACGGAAUCAAUGAGGAUAUUGCUGGUGACCUUUGUGGCCACGGUACACAUGUUGCCGGCACCCUUGCCGGCAAAACAUAUGGCGUUGCCAAAAAGGCCAGUAUUAUAUCGGUCAAUGUCUUCGGCGGCUAUUGUCAUAUUGGAGUACCAACCGAAGUAAUACUCGCUGGGUACCAGUGGGCGGUGGACAACAUCACGGCCACGGGAAGAGAGCAGGUUUCUGUCAUUUCGAUGUCACUCGGCGGUCGUGAACGGUCUCAUGCUAAGAAUCGCGCCAUAAAGGCUGCCUGGCAGCUGGGCAUUCUCACUGUCGUUGCUGCUGGUAACGAUGGCCGUGAUGCAGCUUAUUACUCACCUGCGUCUGUGGCGGAGGCGGUCACGGUCGCGGCCAUCACGUAUAACGACGCGCGCGCGCCUUUCAGCAACUGGGGAGGCUCGGUUGACAUAUUCGCCCCGGGCGUAGACAUCAAGUCGGCCGGAAACAGCAAUGAUACGGCAACGCUGAUCAAGAGCGGUACAAGCAUGUCCACGCCUCAUAUAUCCGGCUUGGUACUCUACCUGAAGAGCCUGAUGCCAACUCUGACGGAUACGCCCGAGGCCACGGUGAAUUUCUUGAAGGCGUUGGCCACGAAGGGUGUGGUCGAGAAUGCACGGCGCGCGCCCAAUUUACUGGGCUUCAACGGACACGGGGUGCUCAAGCUGUGA